GUUGUUGCCAAGUGGCUUGUUCAUGUUCUCUAGAUAUGCUUUGCGCACGUGACCUGAUCAAGCGACCUUAGCUCACCAAGCUGUGAGUCUAGUACCUGGCCACCAUGGUAUCGGUACCCUCGGAAAUCGACCGACUGAUCUCGCUUGACGACAGCUCUGACUACGACACUUCUCAGGAAGACCAUGUGUAUGGCAACGCGUGGCAAUACUCAAAUCCACAGCUUGAAUCUGAUGUAUCGAGGUUGAAGGCAGAGAAUACAGAUCGUUUGCACAAAAGAUGGGACGAAAUCAUCGCCAAAUACUCGAAAGUUGACGAUAACAAGGAGAGCGAUGAAAUCGAUCUCAGCACAGGAAAAAUCACGAUAGACAAUGGCCAUUUACGCUCGUUUGUUGACGGUCUUCAUUCAAGCAGCGCUCAUAUUUCUUCCAGUGUUUGGGCUGUGGAUGAUCAAUUUGAGAAACAACUGAGAAAGCAUAGACAUGCAGAAAAACUCCGGCGACGCUUGCGGCACGAGGAGCAACAGAGGCUCAAGGCGAGUGGCUUGUUCUUUAAUAAGAACAUGCAACUCAUGGAUUUCGGGACUGAGCCUUUGCCUGACAACAUUCUGCUAUUGAACUCGUCGCCAACGAAGAAGCAGAAAACAACAUCAGAUUCUCCGACUUCCCUGUCUCAGUCUUCGCCAAUUAAAAAUGCACCAAAGGUGUUGAGCUAUGGUCUCAGACUCAAUACCCCUGAAACAAGCCCGUUAAAGCAAAGGCUGCCGUCGUUGGCAUCGUCUCCAAGUCAAACUCUGCUUGAAAGCCCUACUAGGAUAAAAUGUCCGGCCUUGUAUGAAUUGAAUGAGACGAAGCCUUCUAAUGUGCUGUUUACAAAAUUAACAAGUUCUCCCGAUUCACCUCACAGUUUCAAACAUAUUACAAUGUCCCAGCUGAAUGAAGACAAGAAAGACACUGACGAGAACUACGAAUAUGAAGAGCUGUUUCUGAUCACAGAACUCAGUGAACCUGCGCAAUACUCCUAUUUCACUUGCGCUUUUCACGGAUGUCAAUACACGUCUACCAGCAAGGCCUCGUAUAGAUCGCACCUACUAUCGUCACAUUCACCGGAACUACAACAAAUAGGCUACCCCGUUCACAGCAAGCAAAAAUAUGAAUACCAUAUUCCAGGCGACACAAUCCUCAAGCUAAAUUUACAUUUUCCAAUUAAAGUCAGCACCCUUUCGGUCAGUCCAUUUAGAUGCGGGUCGACCCUCGGAUUGAGUCGAUGUCUGAAACUAUUCACAGACAAGACAAAUCUACGAAUACACCAACUGCAAUCUCCUAGAUUAUGCUCGCCACGAAAGCAAGUUUUUCUUUGUCCACUUUUGGGCUGCGAAUAUAUGACCGACACUAGCUAUACGGAGUACUUCAACCACAUGAACACCCACAUAAAUAAUUCUCUCACACAGUCAAGGUGUCAAGGAACUUCCAAAGCAGGUGUUGAGGAACCUGCAGAAUACUUCACAGAGUCAGUCUCUAGUAUAAUUUUCUCAGAUCAGGAAAAGGAAGGCCAGGAAGAUGGUCUACAUUCAAAUAAAAGCGAAAACGUAAUAGCAGAUACAUCGUUUGUGCCUAGACAGAAGCGCACAUGGAUGUCUACAGCAAAUUGUUAUGAUGAAGUCCCGAAACUUGAUAUACUUGAUGGUGAUAUAGACUUCGAUCUUGAUUGUGGACAAAGCACACAAGAACAGGGAUACUCCUCGAUUGAAGAAUUGUUCCAGGAUGAAUCAUAGGUUCAAGUUUGAACGAGUACAUACAUAACUGAUUCACUGGGGCUAUAUGGACUGCCAAAAAUAAAUACAGUAUGAUAUAGUUAACUAUUUACAAAAGUGUCUAAAUGU